GCCGGUGAGUACUUCUCUCUGAAGGAUCUAACAUCAUCCGUUGGCUAUCUCUGCCAUCCUGCAGUCUGAGCCUCAACUUCGGUGUUCUCUGAUGGUGCCAGGGCCUUCUUGGGCGGAGGAUGCUGCGCUUGCGAGGGUUUGGGCAGGAGUAGAGGAGAGUCAUGCCCGUCCGCUCCACGCUCUGCAUUUUGGGGAUCCCGGUUUGAGAAACGCAGGCCGCAGCUCUGGCGGGAACGGAGCAAUCGGCCGACGGGAGAGGCGGUAGACCCAGCGUGGUCGGCGGCUCCAGGACCUCCCCUUAGUGGCUGGGGUAGCGCCUUGGCUCCGGGCGGCGGGAAGCAUCGGGGACGGUGGCCGACGUGGGCCGAGCUGGCGUCCCAUUCCUUCAGCCGCGCUGUAAGCUUAGGAGGCCAUAAUGGUGCGCAUGAAUGUCCUGGCAGAUGCUCUCAAGAGCAUUAACAAUGCUGAAAAGAGAGGCAAACGCCAGGUUCUUAUUAGGCCAUGCUCCAAAGUCAUCGUGCGAUUUCUGACUGUGAUGAUGAAGCAUGGUUACAUUGGCGAAUUUGAAAUCAUCGAUGAUCACAGAGCUGGGAAAAUUGUUGUGAACCUCACAGGCAGGUUAAACAAGUGUGGAGUGAUCAGCCCCAGGUUUGAUGUACAACUCAAAGAUCUAGAAAAAUGGCAGAAUAAUCUGCUCCCAUCCCGCCAGUUUGGUUUCAUUGUACUGACAACCUCAGCUGGCAUCAUGGACCAUGAAGAAGCAAGACGAAAACACACAGGAGGGAAAAUCCUGGGAUUCUUUUUCUAGGGAUGUAAUACGUUCAUACAAAUAAAAUGCCUCACUGGACUCUA